AUGUUAUCAUGGUUGAUAUUUGUAACAAAAUUGGGUCCAUAUCUCAUGAAAAAUCGCAAACCAUUUGUAUUGCGGGAAAUAAUGAUAGCAUAUAACUUGGUAUUAGUUGUGAUAAACGCAUACUUCAUAUACGCUUCACUCAAAUGGUUAGAGUUUGGCCGCAAGUCAUGGAACCCAAGACUACCCCCGAGUAACCAAUGGUCUCAGAAAGCCAUCGCAUUGUUACCCCUAAAAUGUUUUUACUUUUAUACAAAGUUAUUUGAUUUAUUGGACACAAUAUUCUUUGUGUUGAGAAAAAAGUCAAAUCAGAUCUCAUUUCUACACGUCUAUCACCAUUUUAUGGUUCCAAUAUUGGUUUGGUUAACGUUUAAACAAUGUCCUGUCAUAGUUAUUGUCGAGGUGUUCUGUUUGCUCAACUCUAUUGUCCAUACAGUCAUGUAUUUGUAUUACUUAUUGUCGGCAUUUGGACCCCAAAUACAGCCCUAUUUAUGGUGGAAGCGAUAUAUCACACGAUUGCAGUUAAUACAGUUCGCUAUACUCAUAGUGUAUUCAAUUUAUUGUGUCACCUCCGGUGAUCUGGAUCUUCCCGAGUCUCUUAAAUGGUUGGGUGCUAUUCAACCAUUUAUUUUCUUCUAUAUGUUUUCA